AUGAUGUCCUCGAGCCCCACCCGCGACGAAAUGCACGAGCCCGACUCCUCGCCUAUCAAACCCACCAUGAUCAGGCGCCAAUUCCUGCGACGACGAAAGAGUGACGACUUGACCAACUCGUCGAAAUCGGACACGAAGGACACCCCACAGGCACACACCCAACGACGCUCGAAGGACACCGACUCCGUCCCGACCUCGGUGAAAAGCCUUCUCGACGAUGCUGAGCAACUCCUCCGAGAUGUUUCUCGCGAGUUGAGUGCGGAGACCAAGGAACCAAAGAUGUCGGCCGCACAGCAACGCAGGGGUAGUUUCGACCGCUUCCUGAAAGGCUUGAAAUUGAAGCCCAAGCCGUCCAUGCCACAACCACCGGCGCAGGUCAUCCUGCCACAGCCCACUCGACAGAGGAAGCAACGUCCCACCAACGGUUCGGAAGUCGCAAUGAAGGAGAACGACGCCGAUGAAGACACCGAAACCGAAAGCGAGGAUGAAGGGCUGGCAUCGUACGAGGAGACGAUGCAGGACGUUACGCUGAAGAAGCCAGAGGAACCAGUGGCAUCGGGCAUUGGGAUGGCUGGAUCCAAAGGGAAAGGUAAACAGGUGGUAGUGGACAUUGAUUCCGAUGGCGAACAAGACACGGCGGCCAGUCGCGCGCUGAAAGCCGCUCUCGAGGUUCAGAAGGCCAAACGCGACGCGUUCACGACACCCCCUCGAAAGUUCACCAGGACGAAAACAGUCGCGAUGCUUUCGCCCAUCUAUGAAUCGCUCGUCCAUCAACCCACCACGACACAAGAACUCGACAUGGACAUCGCAACCUCGCCUCCCCGAUUCAUUCCCCAUUCCAUCCCUUUGGCCACACCCCCCAGGAUGUUGUCGCGAACCAAGUCGGUCACGAUGCUUUCGCCUGGGCGCGAGGGUUCCGCCAUCGUACAGCCGUUGAUCGAGGUUGAUAUGCUAUCGCCUCCGCGAGCGACCAUCGCAUUGAAUGCCCCCCCAACCACUCCUCCCAGGUCUUUCUCGCGAACCAAGUCCAUUGCGAUGCUUUCACCCGAACGCGAAACUCUCACCAACAUCCAACCAUGCAUCGAGGUCGAGAUGGGCGUGGCAUCUCCCGAACCCGUGUCACCUCAAACCUUUCACAAUCCCAAUACAGCCAGGAAUGGCAUCCGCAGGACCAACACGGUCGAGAUGGCCGAUCCACCGGUCGAAUUGGCCGUGAAGGUCCAAGGCGAGCAAAGGCGGGGAUACCAGGCAUCGGCCAUCCCCUUCCCCAAGAUUACCGCCAAGUCAUCCUCUGCCGACUUUUCGGUUGCGUCGGCGUUCCCCAACGCUGUCGUCAAACAGGAUGACGACAUUCCGACGCAAAGCCCCAUCGACACCAAUGUUGCCGGAAAUAGCAACCCUGCGCUUCAAGCCUCCGGAAACCAGGCGCCGCCUUCCCUCGCGCCAUCCGUCCCUCAAACCUACUCAGUGAAUACUCCCUCCGUGCCCAUCCCUACUGUUCAUCCCUCGGCGUCUGUAAGCUUCCAUUUCAGCUUCCCAAUCCCGGCUCCCAGUCUCCAGCCAACGUACCAGCCCUUCCAGCUACCAACCCCCGCCUUCACAGCUACUGUUCCCCGGACACAACCAAUCUGGGAACUACUCACCGAAGCCAACCGAUCCCGGCAUUGGUCCCAGGAACUGGAGAGCAGGGGCAUGGAGGCCAACAACUUCACGACGCGCGAGAGGGGUGCAUACUGGGAGAAGAGGGAGAAAAGGGCAGUCGGUGCUCAAGUACCGCGUCCCUUUGUUUCUCGCACUUCGGGAUCGUUCAGAUCCCAUCGAAUCCCUCCUCCGCCUACCGCGAGGGAGCGAGAGUGGGUGGAGGAGAGGCAAAUGAUGAAGACCUUCGAUUGGCAUUCGCGCAACGUAAAACUUACCGCAGCCGCCAGAGAAAUCAAGCGGCACCCGGAUAGAAUGCUCCACGCAAAGUUCGAGGGCAACCGUGCUGAGCGUGAAGCAAAGUCGGACAAACCAAAUCCGACCAACAUCGAGACCAAGGCCCGGAACCCAUUGAAGCGGGCUAUCGAAACGACCCCGGACGACGAUGCCGAGAAAGAGGCGCGAAUGAGGACAAUCCGCCAGCGAUGCGAUCCCGUCCCGAUCCCGCCCGGAUCGUCAACGACCCCCACGGCCGAGGCCAACGAAGCGCAGCCCACGGAAGAGGAAGUCGUCGAGGAACAGCGAUGGAUCCCUAGGCUGCGAACCAUCGACUUCGAAUUGCGCCCUCAGACCAAGGACCUUAUCAAGCUUGGAAUCGAUGGUGGUCAGAAGGAAAGCCACCUAGAAGAAGAUUAG